AUGAAGCAGAGAUUCUCCUCUCUUGAUGUUAAAGUCAUAUCACAGGAGCUUUCACGCGCUCUGGUCGGCCUGCGAAUUUCCAACAUAUAUGAUCUAUCUUCACGCAUAUGUCUCUUUAAACUUGCAAAACCAGACACACGGAAGCAACUCAUCGUCGACAUCGGGUUCAGGUGCCACCUUACAGAAUACUCUCGGACGACUGCCGCUGCCCCCUCGCCAUUUAUCAGCCGCCUGCGAAAGUUCCUGAAAACAAGGAGAGUCACAGCCGUGUCCCAACUGGGUACAGAUAGGAUCAUUGAUAUUGCAUUUAGCGAUGGCAAUUUCCAUCUCCUCCUGGAGUUCUACGCCGGGGGUAAUAUCAUCCUGACAGACAAAGACUACAAAAUCGUUGCAUUACAUCGGAUCGUGCAUGGGGGUGGUGAGAAAGAAGAGGUUAGAGUUGGAUUGCAAUAUGAUAUUACCAACAAGCAGAAUUAUAAUGGGGUGCCGCCGCUGUCAAUUGAACGGUUACGGGAGACAUUACAACGGGCGGAGGAGGCAGAAGGAGAGUGUGGUGCAGUGGAGGGUCCCGGAACUAACAAGAGGGGGAAAAAAAAGCAAGCGGAAGCACUAAAGCGGGCUAUCUCGAUGGGAUUCCCCGAAUAUCCAGCUCUACUUCUAGAUCAUUCAUUCCAUGCGGCUGGUUUCGACGCGAAUUUGGAACCGAAACAAGCACUGGAGGAUAGUGAAUUGAUGAAACGGCUGAUGCUUGUGCUUACGGAGGCGGAAAGUGUUAAUGCCAGACUGUCCACUUUGGAGGACACGCCCGGGUAUAUAAUUUCGAAGGCAGAAAGUAAAACGGGAGAAGCGAUCACGGAGGCUGAUACUGAUUCCCCCAAGCCAAAAAAUAUGCUGUAUCACGAUUUCCACCCCUUCGAGCCGAAGCAGUUUGAAAAUGUGCCUGGCAUGACAAUUUUGAAGUUUAAGACGUUCAACAAAGCUGUGGACGAGUACUUCUCUUCUGUUGAGUCUCAAAAGCUUGAAUACAGACUUACUGAACGUGAGGAAAUCGCAAGGAGGAAACUGGAAGCUGCACAGAAAGACCAAGAAAACCGUAUUGGGGCAUUGAAGGAAGUCCAGGAACUGCAUGUCCGCAAGGCCCAGGCAAUUGAAGCUAAUUUGCUGCGUGUUGAGGAGGCGAUCAAAGCUGUCAACGGUCUGAUAGCACAAGGGAUGGACUGGGUUGAAAUCGCCCGAUUAAUCGAGAUGGAAAAAAGCCGCCAGAAUCCGGUUGCUAAUGUUAUAAAGUUGCCCUUGAAACUCUAUGAGAAUACGGUUACUCUACUAUUGGGAGAGCCUACGGAAGAUGAAGAACCGGCGGACGAGUCUGAGGAGGAAGAGGAUUCUGAGAGUGAUGAUGAGGAUGGAGGUAACAAAGUAAAGUUGGAAGGGUCAAAGAAGGCGCAGCAGCAGCUACUUUCUAUCGAUAUUGAUCUUGGGAUUUCGCCGUGGGCGAACGCAAGACAGUAUUAUGAGCAAAAAAGGGUUGCUGCAGUAAAGGAAGAGAAGACGCUCAAAUCAACCAAGAAGGCAAUAAAGAGCACAGAAAAGAAGGUAACUACGGAUCUGAAGCAUGCAUUGAAACAAGAGAAACCAAUCCUGCGGCCUACAAGGACGCCAUUUUGGUUUGAAAAGUUCAUGUUUUUUGUGUCUUCGGAUGGAUAUCUUGUCCUUGGUGGCCGAGACCUCCAGCAAACCGAGAUACUGUACCGACGAUAUCUUAAAAAAGGGGAUGUGUAUGUCCAUGCUGACGUACAAGGAGCUACUCCUAUCUUUGUCAAAAAUAAACCUGGCACCCCAGAUGCUCCUAUUCCACCUGGAACUCUUUCCCAAGCAGGCAACCUUUGCGUAGCCUCUUCGAGCGCGUGGGACUCUAAAGCUGUAAUGGGCGCCUGGUGGGUGAAUGCGGACCAGGUGUCCAAAACCGCACCGUCAGGAGAAUUCGUGGGAACUGGCGGCUUUGUGAUUCGGGGCGAGAAACAUCAGCUCCCUCCUGCUCAGCUUCUCCUUGGGUUUGCUGUGAUGUUUCAAAUCAGUGAAGAUAGUAUCAAGAACCAUACGAAGUACAGAGUGCAGGAUGAACCAUCUAUCGUGGACAUUGCGAAAGAUAUCCAGUGGGCAAAUGAAGUUUUAAACUCAAAACAGGACUCAGAAGCCCCGAGAGCUGAUGGCAAUAAGGAGAUAAGCCCUGCAUCUGAAGAGCAUGAUAGUUCAGAUGAGCAGGAUGAGGAAAUCGAGAAUCCAUUGUUAACCGGCAUGGAAUCUGAACCAGACGAUUCCGGCGGCAAUGAAGAUAAGGGCGGUGAUAAUGGAGAAGAGAAACUACCAAAUGAUGACACUGAUGAUGAAAAGGAAUAUAAUUCGGUAGUAACCAAAGAAACGGUGGUUCUAGAGUCGGGAGUAGAUGAACCAAUUACCCAAUCUGAAGCUGAUGUCUCUAAGCAGCCAACUGGCAUCACCAAACGACAAGAUAUUAAGCACCUGACUGCCCGAGAAAGACGUCAAUUGAAAAAGGGAGUCCUCAUCGAACAAACUUCCGGCCGAGUUGGCGAUGCCGAAUCCCAAUCAAGCUCUCCAACCCCAUCUGUAGCACCAUCAGUUACAACCACCACCAAUACAAACACAGUUAUCUCUAACAUCCGCGGCAAACGGGGUAAGAGCAAAAAGCUGGCAACCAAAUACCAACAUCAAGACGAAGAGGACCGUGAACUCGCUCUCCGCCUCCUCGGAUCGGCACCGAAGCCGGAUAAGUUACGUGAAGCCGCGAAGAACAAAGCAGAGCGACAGGCAGAGCUCGAGGCGCAAAAGCAACGUCGUCGAGCACAACAUGAUCGAGCAGCACAGGCUGAACGGGAACGUCACAAGGCGCUGCAGCAACAAGGAGGUGACGGUGGUGAAACGCAACUCGAUGACGCAGAUACUGUGGCAGAUUUAUCUUGUCUUCCCUCUUUGAUCGGCACACCAGUUGUUGGCGACGAGGUCCUGGCGGCGAUUCCUGUCUGUGCACCAUGGGCAGCAUUGGGGCAUUAUAAGUAUCGCGCAAAGCUACAACCAGGGAUUGUCAAGAAAGGAAAAGCUGUCAAAGAGAUUUUGGGGAAGUGGGUUUUAGAUGCCACUGCUUCUGUGAAUGCUAUGGAGAAAGAUAGGGGAAGAGAUAAGGGGAAACUGCAUGCUGAUCCGUCUACUCUUGGAGACACCGGUGGGUACAAGGGUGAGGAUGAAAUUCUGAAUGGAGAAGAGGACAAGGCUUCCUUGAAGCAGCUUACUGCCAUGGAGUUGGAACUUGUAAAGGGAUGGAGGGAUGCUGAGAUCGUGAAUACGAUCCCCGUUGGAAAGGUUAAAGUUAUUUCCGGUGGUGGUGGCGAGAAAUUGGGAAAAGGGAAAGGCGGGAAAGGCAGGGGAGGGAAAGGUGAUGGAGGGAGGAGGCAAGGUAAGAGGAAGUAA